AAAACAUUCAUGGACUAAUUAAUUAAAUAAAUUAUCUUAAAAUGUCUGCACCUUUUGAUGAUGUCGGAUGUUAUUCCCAAGCUAAGAGACAGGGCCGAGUGCGGCGCAAGCCAACCAUAUGGAGCCGCGAGAAGAUUUCCAAACUAAUCCAGCUGUACCGAAAAUCGGAUUGUUUAUGGAACCACUACUCGGAUUUGUAUAAAAACAAAGAUUGUCGCACGAAGGCGACUGAAAGCAUUUGUUCAUCUCUUGGAAUCACCAAAAACGAUUAUGGGAAAAAAGUGCAUAACUUGCGAAAUCAAUUCAAUUCAGAAUUGAAAAAGUUGGAGCGUCGUCAGGAGGAGACGGGUGGUGAUUCCAGUCCCAUGGCUGACAAGACGACUUGUCGGUGGGAACAUUUUCAAUCUCUGAUGUUUUUGCGCUCUAUUAUUGAGCCGAGACCUGGAUAUCAACAAAAUGGACCUGCACAAUGCAAGAAACUGAGUGCAAAACUGAAGGGCGUCAGUAACGAUGGAGAAGAAGUAGAAACACAAAGCCCAUCUUUAGUAUCGAAAGGCCAAUUCGAGUCCAUGGACCAACUGGUCACUGUUGUAGACGAAAGUAAAGCGCAUCAAAGCAUCUGUGAAACAAUUGAAACGUGCGUUCCUGAAUAUGCAUCCACUAUCCUAUCUGCACCGACCACUUGCACAAGCUCUAUUCCAACACGACAAGUAGAUGCGUCAGGAACGGUGUCUGUCCCAGCACACGUCAGCAUUGCACGGGAUCAGUGGGACUCGUUUGGUGAACUAAUAGCUAAUGAAUUUCGCAACCUGAAUUCGGACAUUUCACGCAAGAGACUUAAACGGAAAAUAAUGCAAGUUAUGCUGGAAGUCGGAGAAGAGGAUGAUAGAGAAAAUGCUGGACCCAAUAGUUGACAUAUGUACAUGUUACAUGUUAAACAAAAUAAAUAAGUAUCUA